UCUGUCCCUGUGCUCUGGCCUUGGGACCCCAGGCCUUUCCUCAGUCCCAGGGUGUAGCCCUCAGAGUGCAGCUGGGCUCCUGGACCUCCAUGUUCUGCUGAGGGUGGGGUCACUUGUGCUCAGACCAGGAAAGAAUGUCCUGGGAGGAGGAACAGAGCCCUGCCCAGUCUUGUCUGGGGCCUGGUCCCCACAAGCUGUUUCCUGGGGUCCCCUUUGUGCUCCUGGCCCUGUGUGUCCUGGGUCCAUAUACCCUCCGGGAGGUGGCAAGCCAGUCUCCAGCCUUGGGGAGGGUGACGUGUCUGGGUGACCUUGCGGAAGUGAUGUCUUCCGAGCCUUGUCUCCUGCGGCGGAGCCAUGGGCACCUGGGGGUGGCCAGCCCCCCAACAUAGGUGGGCACGUGGUAAGCCGUUUUGCCAGACCCGGAGUCACAGGUGGGCCGAGUGCGCUCGUAGGAUGUGCUCGUGGAGCCGCGGCCAGCGUGCCGUGAGGACCUCAUCAGACUCCGCACUGGCACGUGUUCCCAUGGGGAAUCCCGCGGUGCGGGUUGGUGGAGGCCACAUUGUGGGGGGGAUUGAUGGCCAGAGCCCAGGAGGCCCCCCUGGGUGGCCUGCUGGGGGGACGGUGGGUGGGCGUCCUUCCCCCCUCCCUGGCCAGGGCUGACCUGACCUUGGGGCUGAUGGCGGUCAGCACCAACCCACUACCCCCUGCCCCAGAGUCCCGGGUCCAGGGGAGCGUGUAGGAAUCCCACACCGGGUCCCUCUCGGUUGGUGGGGCAUGGGACAAUGGGAGGAGAGUGUAUGGCCUCAGACCUCCUGGGCAGCUGAGGGGAAGCCCGGUCUGGGGGGCAGGGUGCUGGGGGGCAGGGUGCUGGGGGGGAAGGGACCCUGGGUGCCGAGUGGGCACCUUAUCAGUGGUGCCAGGCGGGGCCAUCCCCAGGGUGGGGGCAGCAUCUCCCCGGGCCCUGUUAUCAGCCCCAGAGUCCACAGGACGCUCCUCGGGUUAACGUGUAACCACACGCUGUCCCCUCCACCCCCAGAGCCACCCGUGCUCACAUAGGUGUCAUUCUGGGGGGUCAAUGGCCAUCAUGGGCGCCCAGGAGGAGGGUCUGCCCGGAAAGCCUUCCCUCUUAGCCCAACAGCCGUGCCUGUGCCUGCGGUUGAGCCCCUUCUUUGUCACCUGUGCUGCCUACUUCCUCCUCUGGAUCCCUCAAGACCAGCCGUCUUGGGUCGGCGCCCUCGUCAAGUGCCUGCCGGUGCUGUGCCUGGCCGCGUCCCUGCAGGCUGCGCCCCGGGGCACCGGCUACCGCGUGCUCCUGCAGGGGGCCCUUCUGUGCUCGGCCGUGGGCGAUGCCUGCCUCAUCUGGCCUGACGCCUUCCUCUCUGGCGUGGCUGCCUUCACCGUGGCCCACCUGCUCUACCUCUGGGCCUUUGGCCUCACUCCGCUGCGGCCCGGCCUCCUGCUGUCCAUUGCCCUGGUCUCCGUGCCGUACGACGGCCUGCUGCUGCUCCACCUCCCAGCCAGCAUGGUCCCGGCGCUGGCGGCCUACUCCCUGGUCCUGGCCUCCAUGCUGUGGCGCGGCCUGGCCAGCGGCGGGAGCGUCCUCGGGGGGGCCCUGCUCUUCACGCUCUCGGACAUGGUGCUGGCGUGGGACACCUUCAUCCAGCCGCUGCCGCAUGCCCGCCUCGUGGUCAUGAUCACCUACUACGCUGCCCAGCUCCUCAUCACCCUGUCGGCCUUCUGGAGCCCCCGGCUCAAGACCCACUGACCAGGGGCCCGGAUGGACCGGCGGCGCCCCGCGGCCUCUGGCAAGGCCCCCACAGACCCCGGGCUCCUGGACUCCUGCCUGCAGGUGCAUGUGCGGCUCGGGCCCCAUGAGAACCGUCUGUGGAAACCCACAUCCUCCACCGAUUCCCCAUGGCCGCCUUCCCUCUGCUCUGACCGCGGCCUCCCACCUGCCUCCCCUGGGCACCCGCCCCCUUCCCUGCGGCCCUGAUUUAGUUCGUGCCCAAGUAAAGCGGACACUGAAACAGC